AGAAAACAAAAUUGUAAUAAAGGCUGCCAGGGGUUCCUUAAAGUGGUACUAAACCCAGGAGCCUACAUUCACUAUAUCCAGUCUCCCCGGGCUCCGCAUUCCCCGGCCCCCGGGCCCUGCAUUCACUACAUCCGCUCUCCCCGGCCCCGCAUUCACUACAUCCGCUCUCCCCGGGCCCCGCAUUCACUACAUCCGCUCUCCCCAGGGCCCCGCAUUCACUACAUCCGCUCUCCCCGGACCCCGCAUUCACUACAUCCGCUCUCCCCGGACCCGCAUUCACUACAUCCGCUC